AUGGGAGAAGGGGAUGCUCUGAGCGGGGAGCCCGCUCUCAGAAUGGGAAGGGCCACUGGCCACGUCUCCUCCUUCGUCCCUGCGUGCUCCCUGGUCGAGUCCCACCUCUCCGACCGACUGACCCUGCACCUGGAUGUCGCCGGCAACGUGGUGGGCCUGUCUGUGGUGACGGAGCCCGGGGGCUGCCGGGGCCACGAGGUGGAGGAUGUAGACUUGGAGGCCUUCAACACCACGGUCCAGCUGCAGCCUCCGCUCACUUCGCCCGGCCCAGAGACCGCUGCGUUCAUUGAGCGCCUGGAGCUGGAACAAGCCCAGAAGGCCAAGAACCCCCAGGAGCAGAAAUCCUUCUUUGCCAAAUACUGGAUGUACAUCGUGCCCAUCGUCCUGUUCCUCAUGAUGUCUGGAGCUCCUGAUGCUGGUGGCCAGGGCGGGGGCGGGGGCGGCGGGGGCGGGGGCAGUGGGCGCUAAGGAGGGAGCGUGUCA